UAUAUCGACAGCUCUCUCAUAGGGAGUGGAAAAUUCGAUGAGGCUGCUAUAUCUUCAGUAACAGAUGGCCAACUAUGGGCGGGUAGCUCAGGUUUCAGUCUUAAAGUUGAUGAGAUUCAGAGCCUUAUAGACGGCUUUGGGAAUCCUGACCCUCUAUAUUCUAACGGGUUGCAUGUCGCCGGCCAGAAAUAUCUCGUUACCAAAGCAGAUGAUCGAAGUAUUUAUGGCAAGAAGGGCAAAGAGGGUGUAUGUGCGGUCAAAACAAAGCAGGCUGUGAUUGUUGCGCAUUAUUCUAAAUUGGUGCUUCCUGGAGAGGCUGCAAGAGUUGUUGAGUCGUUAGCGGACUAUUUGAUUGGACAAGGAUACUAG